AGAUCGGAUAUCCCAUAUAUCUUGUUUUGUGAUUUAAGGAUGUUUUUUUGAACUCGAUGACGAGGAGGGUUAAAGUGAACUUACUCCUUUCUGCGCCGUUUGGGCCAGAUAAGUUAUAGCCCAUAUAAAUGUGUGGCCCAUCUGGAACACACAGAACUGGUCUCCGCGUCACAAUCUCAAAGCACCCACCCUCUUCACCAGUUCUCCACGACUCCGCCGCCGCCCCCUCCGCCGCACCGUGCAGUCGUGCUCCGCCGCCGCCGCCGAGUGAUCUCAGCGGAAUCCAUCGUCGGAGCGGCGCCAAUCCCAGCCCUCCGGCUUCUCCCGAGCUGCCGGAGUAAUUUCUCCGCGGGGGACCCGAUCUCCCGCACCAGAUACCGCCUCCAGCUCUACUCUCCUUGCUUAGAUAGAUCUCGAACUCUCCGUGCCUCGUAUCUUCAAGCGGCAAUGGAUCACAAGGGUUUUGACGGCGACAGGUCGGAGAGUAGGCUCUACGUGGGGAAUUUAGAUUUUAGGGUAUCAGAGUCUGACAUUAUCAAGAUGUUCUCUCCUUUUGGGAAGAUUAUUGCCGAGGAUUUCUUGUGGCACACACGUGGCCCAAAGCGAGGCGAGCCGCGUGGUUAUGCGUUUGUUCAGUACACCACCAAAGAGGAAGCACAGUUGGCGAAGGAAAAGAUGAACGGGAAGUUGGUCUGUGGGCGCCCUGUGGUGGUUCACCUGGCUAGUGAGAAGUGUUUCUUGGACUCCGGAAGUUCCCACAGAGCAAUGAAGGACAAGAAAAUUGCAGGUGGUUCAGGAAGCAAAUCGGUACAAACUGAUCGCGCUGCGAAGAUCGCUGCUAUAAAACACAAAUUGAAAUCUUUAGAAGAUGAGGGAUGCAGUACAAAAAGACCAAGGCUUAAGUCAGACGAAUUGACAGGCAGUGGCAAACAAUCUGAUAAGAAGUGCUGAAACGGGAUUGCUCAGGAUUUCGUUUACGUCAUAAACUACGCUUUCUUGUGCUGUUCACUUUGCUGAAGGUGCUGGCAUUGUAAAAUUUUAGCUCUGUUAUGUUAGAGGAGUCACAGGUGUAACACUUUAUAGUUUGUCACAUUUGUACAACAGGCUGUAUCAGCCACCAGUGAUUAACAUGAAUGUUUUGUUGGUGGAA